GCAAUAAAUAUUAUUAAAAAGACAACGAUUACACGCGCAAUAAGGCGAUUGCAAAAAAAAAAAGAAUCCCAAGUCGCGUGUUUUUAUUUGCAUGCGCAACAAAUUCGGAGCGCCAGUAAAAAAGUGCCAGUUUGUCAGUCCGCCAGGCAGCAGCAGCGCAGCAAGCAAGAUGAACGAAGAACGAGAGACAUCAGCAGCAGCACAGCAGUAGCAGUGAGCAAUAAUAAGUUGUAUGUGAGUGCGAGGUGCAACGAAAAUAACAUAAUACACGAAAAUAAAAGCCCGAAAAAAAUAAGACCCGCAGCAAAAUAGAAACGGAAAAUUGCUGAAAACGCGAGUGUGCACAACAGGCCCCUCUUGUAUUCGUGCAUAUGUGUGUGUAAUGGUGUGUCUGUUUCUGCGGCAAUUUUGUUAAAAAAGAAGAAUGAAAUUGAAAUAAUCUCAAGCUAGUCAAAAUGCAAUACCAAAACGGGUACAAACCAGGAGCGAGUGCGCGCUGCACGCACUACUGCGUGCUGUAAUCCUAACCAGACGACGAGUCAAUUUAAGAAUUCCAACGCAAUUGGAAAAUACAAAAGACAUAGUACAUAUACAUACAUCUGUAUUUAAAGCAAAUCAACGCAACAAACAAACAACAGCGGUGGAAAUAUGUAUUGAAAAUACAGUUUUCAUUUUCAUAUGAAAAGUGUCGUUGCCGUCGCAGUCUCUGUCGCCGUCGACGUCGUCGCUGCCGUCGGUGUGAAAAGAGGUCAAAGGCGCAACAAAAGUUUUUCAUUUCGCUGGCCUGUGAGUGUUUGUGCUUGCAAGGGUGUGUGUGUGAGUGUGUAAAACGCACGGCGUGCGGUGCGGUAACAAAAAGUACCAACCAGCUGAGCGCACAAAAUAAAAACGAAAAAAAAACGUCGUAGUUGUGCGUUAAAACAAUAAACGUGUGCACACACAUACAUACAACUACUAGCGUUUAUGUAUAUAUGUCAUGUAUGUGUGUAUGUGUGUGUAUUAGUGACGCUGAGCUAGCUGGUAAUAAGAACAACAACAUCAACGCAGCCCGCAAAAAAUCAGUUGUUAAAAUAUAUUUGCGCGCGCGGCCAUUAAGAAAUUCCCAACUGGCGCGAUAUACUCGUACAACACAAAUAUAUAAAAAACAAAAAACAAACACGCGCCACCGUCCCAAGACGUCCAAAAAUGCAAGCUUAAAACUCAAAUUAGAAAUCAAUUUUUUUCGCAUUUAAUAAAAAAAAUAAUAAAAAAUUUAAUUUCAUAUAUGUAUGUAUGUAUUUUGUACAGCAAGAAGCAGAACGCAAAUAAAAAAUCUGGUUUUAUCAGUCGGCGACGACAACGACGCUGAACAAUACAAGCGUCGACGUCGCAGUCGCAGCCUCGUCGCCGUUUAUGUGUGCAAGUGACAAAGUUUUAGCCUCCCUCUUAAAGAAGACGCAAAAGCAAGCCAACAACAGCUUAAACGAAACAAUAACACCAGCAGCAGCUGUAGCAGUAACUAAAACAACAACGAUUAACAACAUCAGCGCCAAAAGAGCGCGAAAAUAAAUUCGUACACACAUACAUGCAUACUUUAAUUAAAGCAUAUAAAAAAUUUGAGUAAAAGAAAUUUGCAUAACAAAAAUUAGCGAGCGGCGCAAGUAAAAUUCAAUCAGAGUUUUGCAGCGUCGCCAAGAGAGCGAUAAAAAAUAUAUUAAUCUAACAUAAAGCUUGACAUAUAGACGCACACACGAAUAGACACAAUGGCCAAUCCGCGGAAGUUCAGCGAAAAGAUUGCGCUGCAGAAACUGAAGCAGGCCGAGGGAACCGCCGAGUUCGAAAAGAUCAUGAAGGAGGUUAAUGCGACAAAAAUGAAUGAGCCGCAAGCGAAUCAAAAGAUAUUGGACUGCUGUGGGCCGGAAGGUAGCAGUGGAUCCCCUGGAAGUGCGGGCACAGGCAACGGAACGAGUGGUGGCGGCGGCAGUGGCGGUAGUGGCUCUGGCAGUGGUGCGAGCGGCGGCGGAGCCUCGCCCGAGGGUAUAACAGGUGGUGGUAGUGGCUCGCCAGCAAUGUAUCGUGAGUCACGUGGUCGCAGCGUAGGCGUUGGCCCAAUGCGUCGCCCUUCUGAGCGAAAACAGGAUCGUUCGCCUUACGGCGCCGGCACCGCUGGCGGUGUAGUGAAUGCCAUGCUGGGCAUACCCUCCACCAAUUACCUGAAUCUGCCGGAAACGUGGCGGCGUUCCAGCUCAGAUUCUGCUCUGCAUCAGAGCUUCAUGGCUGCAGCAGCAGAGGGAAACCUGGGACAGAUUGGUGGCGGUGAUGGAAUGAACUCGCUCCAUUCCAACUAUCAUCACCAUCAGCAACACCAGCAUAAUCAGCAGCAGCACCAGCAACGAUCUCACUCGCCGCACAUUGGACGCAGCUUUAGUCCGCAGGCACAAAGAAGAAAGAACCACAUGCUGCAACCGCAUCAGCUACAGUUACAGCAGCAGCAACAGCAGCUGCAACAGCAACAACAUCAGCUGCAUCAGCAUCAGCACAUGCAACAGCAGCAAUUGCAGCAGCAACAUCAGCUGCAGCAGCAAUUGCAACAGCAACAGCCGCCAUAUAACGCCAAAUUCCCCAACUCCAACUGCAACAUGCCAGCGAAUAGUAUCUUCAAGUCGCUCCAAGAGCAAAACUUUGCCAACACUGGUUCACUGCCCGACCUGACGUUGUUCCAGUGCACUUCAACGCCUCAACAACAGCAACACCAGCAGCAGUCACAACAACAACAGCAACAUCACCAGCAACAGUCGCACCUGCAACAGGCGACGGUUUUAUCGCCCGCCAUGUCACCGCACAAUCAGCGUCCUGAUGUCCCACGUGAUCAGUCACCGAGUCCCUUCAGUCCGGCAAGUUGUGGCGCAGGUCCGCCCUCGCCCUACCAUCAGCAACAGCACUCGCCUACGUCAGGCGGCAACACGCCCACACCCCAGCAACAACAACAGCAACAGCAGCAGCAACAACAACAACAACAACCUAGCAGCUCGCCGCAUUUGUCAUUUACAAAUCUCGCAGUACAAUCGUCCGCCUCGGGUGCUGCAUCGCCCCGACAACACUUUAGCCCGUUGCCCACGUUGGGCGCUGCCGGUUCCACCGGCAACCUGACCGAUUAUCGACAACCACCGAAUCCACCAAGUCCUCGGAGCUCGCCCGGCCUGCUCAGCUCAGUGUCAGGCAGUGAGCUACACACAAGUGCCCCUGCAAGUCCCAUACGCCACACCCAAACGCCCACGUCUGCGCAAUCACAGCUGCAACAACAGCAACAGCAACAAGUCACCAGCGGCGGAAACUUCGACGGCGGUUAUAACAGUCUGAAUCCCUCGUUUCAUAAUCACUUUGAAAACUUCACGCUCGGUGAUAGUAAUUCAUCUCCGGAGCAGCAGAACUUCUCCAACAAUUUUUUAGCGCUGGAUUUUGAUGAUUUUAGCAGCGGUGGUGGCAAUGGCUCCAAUAGUCAGUAUCAGGGUCAGGAGCUGGCACAAAAUAAACUUUUAGACUUUAAUGAACUGAGUCCGGUCUCCUCACCAGCUGCCUCAAAUGCUGCCGCCUCCAACAAUAACAACCAGCAGCAACAGCAACAGCAUCAGCAACCGCAACAACAUCAAAUGGGUCUGAACAAUAAUAGUAGCAGUGUCGGAGUUGGUCGAGGAAGCACGCACAAUGGUAGCACAAAUCUAAAUGGGCCCACGACGCAUCACAACAACAACAGCAGCAGCAAUGCAACGAGCAAUCUGUCCGGAAACUCCCCGCUAGCCAACGAUGUGCUCGCUUCGCCUGUGCCUUCUCCACUGGGUGGUCCAUCGUCCCCGCUGCCCAUACCCAUGUCGGCACAAUCUUCGCCGCAUGCCAUUGCGCAUCACCAACAACAACUGUCAUUGUCGCUGCACUCGCAGUCGGUGCAACACUCGCCACACCACUCACCCCUGCACUCGCCACAUCACUCGAGCUCACCCCUGUCCAGCUCAUCGCCAGGAAUGACCACGCUCGGUGGCAGCGUCUCCCCAUCUCCACACCAACAGCUAAGAAAUGCCUGCAACUCCAAUGUAAUGAUAAACCAUCAGCAGCAUCACCAACACCAACAGCAGCACCUGCAACACCACCAUAACCACCAACAACAACAACAACAGCAACAACUCUCGCAGAGUCAUGCCAACACGCCCACUGCAACGGACAUACCCGCGAUCAUAUUCACAGACUGCUCCACCAAUGCGGACUUGGCACGCGAGAUCUUUGAUAGCCUCGAUCUCGAUCUGGGCGCACUAGAUGCAGCGAUGAGCGAUCACAAUGCGAUCAUGAGUGCCGAUCCCAGCAUCGAGGACCACUUUCGUCGAGACCUUAACUGAUACUAUGA